UCUUUUGACUCUUCUGUCUUUUCGUCUUUANAUACGCCAUCUGGACCAAAUUUUGCUAUCGCCAUGUUGUCAAUACUCCGUAAAGCGCGCCUCAAGGAUAAGGAGAUGCGGAUUUUGAUGCUGUUUGUGACCUCGAAAUGGGGUGGCUGCAGUUGGCUGACCUUCUCCUACGGCAAAACUUCGAUAGUCAAAAACAUCAUGGGCGAGGACAUCAACACGGUCUCUCCCACUCUCGGCUUCAUCAUCAAAACAAUUGACUAUGAUGGCGAAACUUACACGGCCGACANNGGGGAUGUCGGCGGACAGAAGACGCUUCGGACAUACUGGAAGAACUAUUUCGAGAAGACGGACACGCUCAUAUGGGUCGUGGACGGCACAGACCGAGAACGGAUUGACGAUUGCCGACAAGAACUGGAGGGGCUUCUUCUGCAAGAGGUAAAGGCUUUAGCACAAUCAGAUAGAGUGGAGACUGAUCAGGACGGCAGCNGGUUGAUGGGAGCCAGUCUGCUUGUGUUCAAGAACAAGAGCGAUGUGGCAGGAUGCAUGAGCUCGGAGGAAAUACGCAAGGUUUGUGGUUCCCUUGCCAGCCGCGGCGGGGUCCCAAUGUUUACCAAGCACGAUACUGACUCGGACAAACCACGCAGGNCCUUACGACUCGACACGAUUCACACGCACAGGUGGAACAUUAUGGAGUGCAGUGCAUUGACUGGAUUGAACCUUCAGGAAGGCCUGCAAUGGGUGGUGCAAGAUGCCAAGGACCGGCUCUUUCUGUAUUGA